CUGACAUACAUGAAAUUGUAUCAUGGUUUAACAUUUUCACUGUUGUUAGUGCUGUUUGGCAUUCACCGAACAACUGUUUCCAAUAUAUUCAAAGACUCAAUUGUAAUAUUAGCAAGCAUUCUUCAGCACGCAGUUUUUUGGCCAAGCAAGAACGCGAUUGUGAACUGCCUCACAGUGUACUUUAAGCAAUAUAGAGACACAAGGAUGGUGCUUGAUUGCACGGAAAUAGAAAUUGAGCGGCCAAAAGACCUUGUGUCCACGCUCCUCACGUACAGUCAUUACAAGCGUACGUACACCGUUAAAGUCUUGGUGAGUGAAACACCAGGUGGUUUAAUAAGUUACAUCAGCCCCGCAUAUGGCGGGAAAGCCUCAGACACACACAUAACGAAGCAGUCCAAACUGCUUGAAAAGUGCAUUCCACAUGUUGAUAGUGUGAUGGUGGACAAAGGUUUCCUUAUAGGCGAACUUUGCAAAGAGCACAACCUAAAAAUUAUCAGGCCUCCUUUUCUCAUGGAGAAACAGCUCACUACAGAGGAAGCUGCAAGAAACCAAUCCAUAGCAAGUGCCCGAGUGCAUGUGGAAAAGGCCAUUCAAAGGAUGAAGCUGUACCGCAUUUUAAAAAAUCGCUUUGAUCUCGACCUUGUGCCAUACAUUGACAACAUAUUCAAAAUAAUUGCAGGCACUGUGAACCUCUCAAAGCCACUUUUCAACAACAACAAAUUUCUUUUCGACUCUUAAUCUCAGUGUCUUUUCCCUUUGCAAGGUAGUUCUUGAGCAGUUAAGUGUGCGCCAGGCAAAGGGUAGUGUGUACAUAAUGAAUGUAAACUGGUUUGUCAGCUUAAUAAAAC